AUGGCGAACACAACAUUCGGUUGUGACGCCAAUUUCGGUAACGGUGACGCAGACAUGUGGUUUUCCCAGUCAUCCACCAACGAACAACGUGAAUUGCCCGAACAAAAUGCAUAUCAACCAGCACAACAGCAGAUAUAUCCAAAUCCCAAUUACAAUCAAAGGGCCAAUCAGGAUGUUUCAGCCUCAAACAGCCUCUUGGAAACGCUGUUACGCCAAGGAAGAGAGGCAAACGGCCAAAAUAACGUCAAUUCUGACGAGACAAUGGAAACAGACGUUAGAGGACAGAAUGUGUCCAAUAUUCCCAGUCAGUCUGUUCCGUACGCACCACCAUCUUCGAAUAACAGAAUGUCUCCUAUGAUUGUUUUUGUACCGAACACUCAAGAACAAGUUCCACAGCGAGAAAUUCAAAAUGGAUUCUUUCAGAACUACCAAGGUUAUCAUACACAACAACAUUCUAACAACGUAGCCUCCCCUAUGAUGGUAGGCGUGCAACACAAUCACGCAGCUUACGCGAAUGCUCGAGCUAAUGGAGAGCGCAGCCCUAUCGAAAAUAUGAGAUUGGCGGACGAGCAUGAGCGCCGCAACGUGCAAUAUGCCUGGAUGAAAUCAUAUUCUAACGGUGAGAGAAACAACGUUGGUCACAAGCGGACCCGGCAAACGUAUACUCGUUCUCAAACACUGGAAUUGGAGAAAGAGUUCCACUAUAACCGCUACCUCACUCGAAAACGUCGCGUCGAGAUAGCUCGGAUUCUCUCUUUAAGCGAGCGCCAGAUCAAGAUAUGGUUCCAAAAUCGGCGAAUGAAGGCAAAGAAGAAUGGGAAACCCGCUUACUCCGCGUUAGAGGCAAACUCAGAAGGCAGCAGUCCACGGAGUCAAAACGUCUCACCCGACAGUGGGUUGUUGGCCAUAGCAGCAGCAGUCUCCCCAUCAGGCGUACCAAUGAUGCAUUCAGAACAAACUGCGAUGUCCGUUGAGCCACUUAGCGUCGGGCAAGAUAUACUCCACGAUGCGUAUUUCCAAUAUCGUCAUCGGCAACAGCAACAUCAUGGACGAUACAGAAACAACGAGUACUUUCAGGGAUAA